AAGCGCCAUGUCCUUCAUACUUGCACCGACUGCAAAAUAAAUAACUUGUACGGGACGACUGACCAGCUGCCAUGAUGAAUUCGACUAUUGGCGCAUGGCAGUUCACACCGCUCUUGACCGAAUUCCCCGCAAACAUUUUACCUAAUCUAGGAUUCUGGAGCGCGACCAAUGGGUCUUGGGAAUACCAGAUCCAGUUAUCAUGGCCUUUGAACUGGACUAAACCAGCGGAAAAGUCGGUUGUGGAAACGAUGUACGUCCUAGACGGAAACGCCCUGGGCAUGACUGCAACAGAAGCCUUCCGCCGCCGUCGACCGGUCGAGUUCAACAUGCCAGAUUGCAUCGUGGUUAGCAUAGGGUACCCAGAGACGAUUGAAGAUUCACCGUACAGCCAGCAACGAAGCUACGACUUCCAACCGCCAGUCUGCGAAACCUGUCCUUUACCCACCAUUCCUGGAGUGCCUUCAAACGCGGAUAACUUGAUCGAGUUCAUCGACACGGCUCUGCGACCCUGGGUUCGCGGCACGGCUUUCCCCAAGGCUGAUUUCGAUCGUGAUGCGCUGUACGGCCACUCUUUCGGUGGCCUCUUUGUCCUAUAUGCCCUUACAGUGCGCCCAGACCUCUUCGAUACAUUUCUCAGCGCCUCGCCUGCGCUUUCCUUCAACGACGACUACAUCUUCAACCAUACGGAAUUUCUUGCGCCGCUUGUUUCUCCGUCCAAUGUCUCCAACGGGACCAAGCCCGCAUUCCAAAUAAGCUACGGCGCUCCAGAGCAGACUCCAAUGAAGAGGGGGACGGAGACAAAAGACGAAUUUGAGUUUAGGAAGAGUAUACUUGUCCCUCAGCAGAUGACUAGGUUGUCGCAGAAGCUGUAUAAUACAUUACAAAAUAGUACCGCCUUGAGGGAUAUCAGCAUCCACGAGUACCCUUUUAGUGACCACGCGGCUGUAGCGGCGGCGGCAUUGGGAGAUGGAAUUGAUUAUUUCCUAGAUUGGUGCACAGCGAAAUACUGUUAGGC